GCCUUCAUUUCCCCUAGGCAGAGUGACUAAGAUGGAACCGUUGUUGGAGCCGCGGUUGGGUUUCUGGGCCGGGGGCCCCUCGCCUGGCCAGUUCUAUCGUAUCCCGCCCGUUCCGGGAGUCCUCCCGGGGCCGGAAAGUACUACCUGCGGAGGCCCGAUUACUCGGACGCAGAACCCGAUGGUGACAGGGACCUCUGUCCUAGGUGUGAAAUUUGAGGGUGGUGUAAUAAUUGCGGCAGAUAUGCUGGGUUCCUAUGGCUCCCUGGCUCGUUUUCGAAAUAUCUCUCGAAUCAUGCGUGUCAACAACAAUACCAUGCUUGGUGCUUCUGGGGACUAUGCCGAUUUCCAGUAUGUGAAGCAAGUCAUUGAUCAGAUGGUGAUUGAUGAAGAACUGCUGGGUGAUGGACACAGCUACAGUCCCAAAGCCAUCCAUUCUUGGUUGACUAGAGCCAUGUACAGCCGCCGUUCUAAGAUGAAUCCGCUCUGGAACACCAUGGUCAUCGGUGGCUACGCUGAUGGGGAAAGCUUCCUUGGCUAUGUGGACAUGCUCGGUGUAGCUUAUGAAGCCCCCACACUGGCCACUGGUUAUGGUGCCUACUUAGCCCAGCCCUUAAUGCGAGAGUUUCUGGAAAAGAAGCCAGUUCUAAACCAGGCAGAGGCACGGGAGCUGGUGGAACGCUGCAUGCGCGUGCUGUACUACCGGGAUGCUCGUUCUUACAACAGGUUUGAAGUUGCCACAGUGACUGAGAAAGGAGUUGAAGUAGAGGGACCUCUGUCUGCAGAGACCAAUUGGGAUAUUGCCCACCUGAUCAGUGGUUUUGAGUGAUGCAGUUUUAUCUCCAGCCUCUUCUAUUAUGCUCUAAGUUACUACUGACCCUGCUAUUAACCAUGUUGGCUGUCCCAGGACUGAGAUUUGACUUUCUUCUUUUAUAAGCGAUUGAUAGGAAAUAAAUAAUUCUGGACUUUU